AUGCUUGAAUGGAGGGAAGCAUUUGGUGACCUCAACUCUACCUGCACAUUACCUCAGGGACUUCCUUCGAGUGUUGCUGUCAGUGUAUCGCUGUUUGCCUGACAUUCCCCUCCCAGCCGAUGCCGACUCGGAGCUCGUUGCCGAGAAGUACUACGCCACCGUCUUCCGACUGCAUGGGAUGCCUUCCGCCAUCGUUUCCGACCGUGAUCCCAAGUUCACCUCGCAGUUUUGGCGGGCAUUGCAGGCAAAGAUUGGCACCGUCUUGCGAAUGUCAACACACCCGGAGACGGACGGAUCGAGCAAGAAUCGGAUCAAGAUGGUCACCCAAACCCUGCGCCACUGCACCAAAAGGCGAGGCACCUCUACUUCAGUGAGCGCAUAUUGUCCUAGAAGUGAGAUGGAGCGAAGUUCAACCCCCCUGUGCGCGAAGCUGAAGAGCUUGUGGCAGUGGGUGCGGCUGUGA